AUGCGCCCGACCGCUCUCGUGCUUUUCCUAGUGGCGACGCUAGCUGCAAUCAGUGUGAGCACGACCAGCUCUGAGCGGCAGUAUUCUGCGGGCACGGUGGAACCUGACGACAUCCCACAGGGAGAAGAACGUGCAGGAGGCGGUGGUCAUGGAGGUGGCCAUGGAGGUGGCCAUGGAGGUGGCCAUGGACGUAUCUAUCCACAUGGCAACCCGGGGCGCUACUAUUACUUCGACACGCCAUGGCUCGAUGAGCUGACUGGAACGCUCACUUCCAGCUUCCGGGACAAGGCUCGGUCGGCUGCGAAGAAAUCGGGGAUUGGUGAGCUAUGGAGGGUCGGAGGGCGUCGCCUUCGCGCGCAACACUAA